GCUCCUUCCCAGCUUCCCAGCAGCGGGGGAGGCUGGGUAAGUGUGGUGGGAAACAGCAGAAUUUCCUCUUUUGACUUUCACAGCCAUAGUGCCCAGCCCAGAAUGGAUGUCCUUUUGGUGGCCUUCCUUGCUGUACCGCUCGUCCUGGGACAGGAAUACGAGGAUGAUGAAGAGCUGGAAGAGGGGGAUUACUAUCAAGUCACAUAUUAUUAUUACACAAUUACCCCCAAUUAUGAUGACUUUAGUGCAAACUUCACUGUUGACUACUCCAUGUUUGAGUCGGAGGACAGGUUGAACAGGCUGCAGAAGGAGGUGACAACAGAAGCCGUAGAGACCACCAUUAGUCUUCAGACCAAACUUGUGGAGCAGCAGAAUCCUGUAACAACGAGACCAGCGGGAACAGCAGAAACAGCGGGAUCAGCGGGAACAGCGGGAUCAGCGGGAACAGCGGGCCCAACAAGACCAGCGGGACCAGCGGGGCCAAGGAGACCAGCAGGACCAGCGGCAACAGAACCAAGUCCAGAUCAGAAUGAUGCCAUGUCCAGUCUGCAGAGUUCUGUGUCCUGUCUUCUCUUAUGGACCCUCCUUCAAGGGGGGAUACAUUUUAUGUAGAAGGUGAGAGAAGGCUGCUACAACUCUUCAGACUAGAAUUUGGCAAGAAGUUGGAUGAAAAAUAAAAGAAAAAGAAAAAAAAGU